CGGGGCUGCUGACAGAGAUCUUUGUCGGGUCGGUCCUGGUGCGCACUUCACCGCGCAUGCUGCCCACCGCCCUCGCACUCGCACUCACACUCGGUGGCGCAGCGGGCUGAUAAUCUUUCGCGGAGUUGCAGGCUCAUCUUUUACUCACUUCUCUUCACUUCUCCAAGACCGGACUCCACUCGCGCGAUCACGCGCCCCUCUGUGCCUCGGUUCAACCCGUGCCUCCCCUCCCUCCCGUCCCCAUUCUUCAACGAUGACCAUUAACACCGACGACUUCAAGUCGAUUCCCGUGCUCGACCUCUCGCGCGUCGAGACGGACAAGGCGGGCCUGCUGGCGGAUCUGCAGGCUGCGCUCGUGACUGUCGGCUUCUUCUACGUCAAGAACCACGGCAUCCCCGUCGAGUUCUUGGACGCGACGACAGCCAAGGCCGUUGAGUUCUUUGACCUGCCCCUCGAGGAGAAGCUCAAGGCGGACAAGAUCAACAGCCCCACGUUCCUCGGCUACAGCGUGCAGGGCAACGAGAUCACCAAGAACAAGAAGGACAACCGCGAGCAGCUGGACUUUGCGAACGAGCUCGCCGAGUUCUGGAAGCCCGGCCAGCCCGAGUACGAGCGGCUCACGGGGCCGAACGUAUGGCCUGAUGAGGCCGUGAUCCCGGGCUUCAAGGAGGCCAUCCUCGAGUAUUGGGACCGGACGCACGAGCUCGCCAACCGCCUGACGCACCUCGUCGCCGAGGCGCUCGGCCUCCCCGCCGACGCCCUCGACAAGUACGUCGAUCAGAACCAGCAGCACCGCGCCAAGCUCAUCAAGUACCCGGCGGUGGACGCGCUCGCGCCCUCGGACGGCAACCAGGGCGUCGGCGCCCACCGCGACACGGCCAACCUCCUCACCGUGCUGUACCAGGCCAACGACAUGCCGGGUCUCCAGGUCCAAAACCACGCGGGCGACUGGAUCGACGCCACCCCCAUGCGCGGCACGUUCGUCGUCAACAUCGGCACUGGGCUCGAGUACCUCGUCGACGGCGUCGCUGUCGCCACCACCCACCGUGUCCUCAACCCGUUGCCGGGCAAGGGUCCCCGCUACUCGAUCGCGUACUUCCACGGCGCGCGCCUCGACCAGAAACUCUAUCCCACGCCGAUGCCCCAGCACAUACUCAACCAGAAGCCAGCGACUGUCGUCACUGACACCGCUGGGUUCCAGUACGCUGCGCUGUACGCGCAGAACCCAGGGCUGUACGCUGUUGUCAACCGCAUGAGUUCGCAUCGCGACGUCGCCGGCAAGUGGUACCCCGAGCUGUCGAAGGAGCAUGGGAUCGACGUGUCGGGGGUGAAUGCUGGGUACUAGGCGCACCCUUCGAGCAGAGUCGCGGCGCGCCAGGAGUCGUAUCUCAGAACAGUGUACAGGUGUGUACAUCUCAGGUUGGCAUAGCAUAGUUAUCCAUGUACGUGUUCGCGUCA